CGAUGCUGCUGCAGCUGCUGCUGCGAGGUCACAAUGCGCGUUCGCGUGCGCGCGCGCGCGCUUCCCGACCGACCGACCGACCGGCGGCUUCGUGACGAGCGAAUGAGCCACAGCGCUGUAACGUCAAGAGCGAGCCGCGCCUAAUGCCGUUGAAAUGAAUGCGGAAUAGCAAGCACACUGGCGCUCGGCUCAUUCAUUCAUCCUGGCUGUCCUUGCCGCUAGCAUCAGACGGGCUGUGCUUUCAUCUCCGAGGAAUUGGCUCCUGCUACUGCUGCUGCUGCCUAGACGUUGAUUUGUCGCUCAGAACAUGGCAGAGGUUGCCGCUGCUGCUAAUUCUGCCGCUCGGGCUGAUGCAGGCGCCCGGGACAAACGGGUCGGAUCGGACGAUGGGGAUCCGACUGCAGGGAGCGCGGAACCCCGCCAGGCUGCGGGAGGAAUCGACGCGGCCCUGGACGAAGUCUGCGCCGAGGGGGUCCCCCUGGAGAGCACGAUCCGGGCCGUGUACGAUGGCCAGCACCGCGGGGAGCUCAUGUCUCGCCUGGAUGUCCGCAUUCGGGGCCACGACCGCGACAUCGAGAAACUCUGCAACUUCCACUACCAGGGCUUCGUGGAUUGCAUCACUGAGCUGUUGAGCGUGCGAGCGCACGCGCUCAAGCUGAAGGACCACGUGGUGGAGUCCAACCAGAAGAUGCAGGAGGCAGGACGGGAGUUGGUGCACAUGAAGAGGGAGCUGGUGCGCACUCGCCGGCAGCAGAGAAACGUCUUGCGCACUCUGGAGCAGCUCGCGGCCUGCCUGCCAGUGCUGGAGACCUAUGCCAAGCUGCAGCAACAGAUGGAAGCAAAGAGGUUCUACCCGGCCCUGCGCACGCUGCAGCAGCUGGAGAGCUGCCUGCCCGCCCUGCCGCGCUACCGCUUCUGCGCCGCCGUGCGGGACGGGGCGGCCGCGUUGCGGGGCACCGUGCGCGGGCACGCGGCCGCGCGCCUCCGCGACUUCUUGGAGCGUGCGCAGGAGCAGGCCGAGGCGCUGGGGGAGGCCGCCACCGUGCAGGCCCAGAAGCAGCAGAGGCGUGCAGAAUCCCGAAACAUCAUCUUCAGCUUGAACACGAACAGGGCCCCAAAAGCCACACGCUCGAACUCGGACCCGGAGGAUGACCUCGUGGAGGAGGACGAAGCGGAGUGGAGCGCACAGACGUGCCAGCAAGACUUUGAAGAGGAGAGUGUUGAUGAUAAUGAGGAAGAGGAAGAACCCAUGCAGGAGCUCUUGGACUUCUCCGCUCUCUACAGCUGCAUGCUUAUCAGCUCUGUACUGGGAGACGACGCUGCCUUCCAGACGUAUUACCGGCAGCAGCGCCGAGAGCAAGUGCAGCUCGUGAGCCAGCCUCCCUGCAGCUCGACACAAACUUUGGACAGCUACAGGAAAUACUUCAACCAGAUUGUCGGGUUCUUUGUGGUGGAGGAGCGAGUGCUGUGCAGCACGCGAGGACUUGUGGAGCGGCUGCACCUUCUCGAGCUCUGGGACUCGGCCCUGACCCGCGUGCUCGCAGCGGUCCGCACGCUCGCUCAGACUUGCUGCAGUGAGCCCGAGCUUCUGCGAGGCCUAAAGGAGCUCCUCAUCUCGUAUGCCGACACCAUGCAGGGCCUCGGUGUCCCCGUGCAGCAGCUGCUGUCGCUGCUGCACGACUUCCGCGCUCAGUACGGCGAGGCUCUGCACGCCAAGUGGGCGACCGCCUUCCAGACCAUUCUGGAUGGUGAUUCGUACAGCCCGGUGAACCUGGCCUCGGAAGAAGAGUGCGCACGUCUGGUCAUCGCCUUCCCGCUCUCCAGCAUCCCCACAGUGUUCCCUGCUUCCCUGCCAUUCUCCCCGGCCAUCCCAGCCAUCUACACUCAGGUGCAGGAGUUUGUCAAGGCCUGCUUGCAUUUUUCCGAGGACCUGCAUCUUAGCACCACGGAGCUGGAUGACAUGCUGCGGCGCUCCACCAACCAGCUGCUCACCCGGGCACUGGCAGGAUCUCUGAUGGAGCUCGCAACGCGGCCCUCGCUGGGCCUCAUGGAGCUGGUGCAGCUGAGUGUGAACAUCGGCGAGCUGGAACAGAGCCUUCCCUCCCUUACAGACUUCAUCUCAGGCCUGACUGGCAUGGCCACAAGUGCCACCCACAACACGCUCCUCUAUGCCAGCGACACUUUCAAGGAUGCCCGGCGGCUGGCAGAGGAGAGCGUGGAGUUGCGCCUCGUGGGCAAAGUGGACGAGUUUGUGUCGCUGGCUGAGUACGCGUGGGCCGGCGAGGAACCCACGGGCCGCGCCAGCUCCUACCUCCUCGACCUGCUCACAUUCCUACGCAGCAUAUUUUCCCUCUUCUCCUGCCUGCCCCGUGCUGUGGCGAAGGCGGCGUGCAUGGCGUGCUGCAAGCACCUCGCUGCCUCGCUGCUCUCACUGCUUCUGGGUGCUUCGGGGAGCCGGCUGUCUGCGGGCGCCCUGCAGCAGCUCAGCCUCGAUCUCAUGCAGUGCGAAGUGUUUGCGUGCUCGGGACCAGUGCCUGGGUUUGAGGAUGGUUCUCUCGCCCUCGCCUUCCUCGACCUCCGCCAGCUGUUGGAUCUGUUUCUCGACUGGGACUGGGCCGAGUACCUGGCUGACUAUGGCAAGCCGCACGCUCGCUACCUCCGUGUGGAUGCUGGCACCGCGCUCACGCUGCUAGAGAGGAUGAGGCAUGGCCGUCCCAGGCAGGGCGGUGUGAGCCAGUUGCGCGGUGCAGAGCGAGAUGAGGUGGCCCUCUACCACAGCAUCCUGCAGCAGCUUCGGGCCGUCGCUGCAGGUCUCACGCCCGCAGGUCUCACGCCAGCAGAUCUCACAGUCACAGGUCUCACGCCACAGGUCUCACGUCACAGGUCUCACGCCACAGGUCUCACGCCCGCAGGUCUCACGCCAGCAGAUCUCACAGUCACAGGUCUCACGCCACAGGUCUCACGCCACAAGUCUCACGUCACAGGUCUCACGCCACAGGUCUCACGCCACAGAUCUCACAGUCACAGGUCUCACGCCACAAGUCUCACGCCACAGGUCUCACGCCACAGAUCUCACACCACAAGUCUCACGCCACAGGUCUCACGCCACAGAUCUCACAGUCACAGGUCUCACGCCACAGGUCUCACGGCCACAGGUCUCACGCCAGCAGAUCUCACACCAGCAGGUCUCACAGUCACAGGUCUCACGCCAGCAGAUCUCACAGCCACAGGUCUCACGCCACAGGACUCACAGUCACAGGUCUCACGGCCACAGGUCUCACGCCACAGGUCUCACAGCCACAGGUCUCACAGCCACAGGUCUCACGCCACAGGUCUCACGGCCACAGGUCUCACGCCACAGAUCUCACAGUCACAGGUCUCACAGUCACAGGUCUCACAGUCACAGGUCUCACAGCCACAGGUCUCACACCACAGGUUUCACGGCCACAGGUCUCACGCCAGCAGAUCUCACAGCCACAGGUCUCACGCCACAGGUCUCACGCCACAGGUCUCACAGCCACAGGUCUCACGCCAGCAGAUCUCACGCCACAGGUCUCACACCACAGGUCUCACACCACAGGUCUCACAGUCACAGGUCUCACAGUCACAGGUCUCACGUCAGCAGGUCUCACAGUCACAGGUCUCACGCCACAGGUCUCACAGCCACAGGUCUCACGCCAGCAGAUCUCACAGUCACAGGUCUCACGCCACAGGUCUCACGCCACAGGUCUCACAGCCACAGGUCUCACGCCAGCAGAUCUCACGCCACAGGUCUCACACCACAGGUCUCACAGUCACAGGUCUCACAGUCACAGGUCUCACGUCAGCAUGUCUCACAGUCACAGGUCUCACGCCACAGGUCUCACAGCCACAGGUCUCACGCCACAGGUCUCACGCCACAGAUCUCACGGCCACAGGUCUCACGCCACAGGUCUCACGGCCACAGGUCUCACGCCACAGGUCUCACGCCACAGGUCUCACAGUCACAGGUCUCACGCCACAGGUCUCACGCCACAGAUCUCACGGCCACAGGUCUCACGCCACAGGUCUCACGGCCACAGGUCUCACGCCACAGGUCUCACGCCACAGGUCUCACAGUCACAGGUCUCACGCCACAGGUCUCACAGCCACAGGUAUCACAACCACAGGUCUCACGCCACAGAUCUCACAGCCACAGGUCUCACGCCACAGGUCUCACAGCCACAGGUCUCACAGCCACAGGUUUCACGGCCACAGGUCUCACGCCAGCAGAUCUCACAGCCACAGGUCUCACGCCACAGGUCUCACGCCACAGGUCUCACAGUCACAGGUCUCACGCCACAGGUCUCACAGCCACAGGUCUCACGCCAGCAGAUCUCACAGUCACAGGUCUCACGCCACAGGUCUCACGCCACAGGUCUCACAGCCACAGGUCUCACGCCAGCAGAUCUCACGCCACAGGUCUCACACCACAGGUCUCACACCACAGGUCUCACGCCACAGGUCUCACAGUCACAGGUCUCACGCCACAGGUCUCACAGUCACAGGUCUCACAGCCACAGAUCUCACAGUCACAGGUCUCACAGUCACAGGUCUCACGCCACCGAUCUCACAGCCACAGGUCUCACGCCACAGGUCUCACAGUCACAGAUCUCACAGUCACAGGUCUCACGCCACAGGUCUCACACCAGUAGGUCUCACGCCACAGGUCUCACGCCACAGGUCUCACGCCACAGGUCUCACGCCACAGGUCUCACGCCACAGGUCUCACAGUCACAGAUCUCACAGUCACAGGUCUCACGCCACAGGUCUCACGGCCACAGGUCUCACGGCCACAGGUCUCACGCCACAGGUCUCACGCCACAGGUCUCACAGUCACAGGUCUCACGCCACAGGUCUCACAGUCACAGGUCUCACGCCACAGGUCUCACAGCCACAGGUAUCACAACCACAGGUCUCACGCCACAGAUCUCACAGCCACAGGUCUCACGCCACAGGUCUCACAGCCACAGGUAUCACAACCACAGGUCUCACGCCACAGAUCUCACGCCACAGGUCUCACGCCACAGGUCUCACAGUCACAGGUCUCACGCCACAGGUCUCACGCCACAGAUCUCACAGCCACAGAUCUCACGCCACAGGUCUCACGCCACAGAUCUCACAGCCACAGAUCUCACGCCACAAGUCUCACGCCACAGGUCUCACAGUCACAGGUCUCACGCCACAGGUCUCACGCCACAGGUCUCACGCCACAGGUCUCACGCCACAAGUCUCACGCCACAGGUCUCACGCCACAGAUCUCACAGCCACAGGUCUCACGCCACAAGUCUCACAGCCACAGGUCUCACGCCACAGGUCUCACGGCAGCCUUCCGCAGGCACUGCCGUAUUGGUGAUGCACCUCGACGAUUGUUUAUCUAAUUUCCUGCAAACCGAGUUUUAUUCUGUCCACGUACCGAAGCAGUCUGAAUUGGUAUUUGAACAUGGCUCUAACCUCCCUCGUGCUGAAUUUCCACCUAACAUCAGUACCCAGUGUGUGAUCGAUGGGCGUCGAUGAAUCGUCGCGUACGUGGGCGAGAACGCGUUGCAUGUUUCGAUUCAAGCGAGAUGCAACCUCAAAGUAACAAAUCGUUCUUGUAGACAGACGGCGCGUUUCUGAAGCUUGUUAAUGAGGCCAAGACCAAAGUCACGGACACUCAUUAACUCACCCAUGUCGCUGCUUCGAUGAGAAGAGGAGUGACGUCGCUGCAAUGCAACGACACGCUCGGCCACUCCUCGUGCGUGCUACACGGAGCCGAGUUACACGCCUGCAACAACUGUUUGUGCUUUGUGUUGCAUUUGCUAAUGCUGUCUGUUGCACAAGAGAUGAAACUGAAUCGUCGACUUAACCCGACACCGCUCGCAGUGUCGUCCGGAGCCUGUGACCCGAGUGGUUCAUGUAACCCCCCCCCCCUCCGUUUCCCACGUGGUCCGUGUGGCCCCCCGUUACCCACGUGGCGCGUGUGGCUCCCCGUUACCCACAUGGCUCGUGUGGCCCCCCGUUACCCACGUGGCUCGUGUGGCCCCCCCGUUACCCACGUGGUGCGUGUGGCCCCCCGUUACCCACGUGGUGCGUGUGGCCCCCCGUUACCCACGUGGUGCGUGUGGCCCCCCGUUACCCACGUGGCUCGUGUGGCCCCCCCGUUACCCACGUGGCUCGUGUGGCCCCCCGUUACCCACGUGGUGCGUGUGGCCCCCCGUUACCCACGUGGUGCGUGUGGCCCCCCGUUACCCACGUGGUGCGUGUGGCCCCCCGUUACCCACGUGGCUCGUGUGGCCCCCCCGUUACCCACGUGGCUCGUGUGGCCCCCCGUUACCCACGUGGCUCGUGUGGCCCCCCGUUACCCACGUGGCUCGUGUGGCCCCCCGUUACCCA